AUGCCACCCCUUUCAAAUCACCGCCGCCAGGAGUCAAAUACCACCUACUCCCGCGCCUCAAUCCUGCCGGGAAACAGCAACUACAACACCACAGCGACCCACACUUUCAACCCCAAUACCACUUACACUCCUAGCUACAACAAUGCCUCCACCCCUUCAAUGUCUGCUGCCAAAACACGGCAGUAUGCUCACCUCCACUCCCAGCUCGCACAGCUAAAUGCCAAUCUUGCCGACACAGAAAAUCUACUUCGUAUGACUGCUGUGCAGGCCGGAGACAUGCGGUUCCUGGGUGGCUACGUUGGAGCUCUGUUUAUGGGAUCUGCAAAGAUCCUGGGCGAAGAAGGAGUUAAAGGCAAUGCGGAUAAAAUCAAGAAGAUUGACGGGGAAGAGGAAGAGGUGAAGAGGGAGGAGAGCGAGGAAGAUUGA